AUGCCACCGAAGAGGAAUGCCGCGAAGACCGCGAGAAACGAGGGAUCGGACUUGGACGCAGACUACACUGACACCGAAGUGAACCGGACAGUGGUGUCAUCACCGAACGUCACCAUGUCGGAGGAAAUGCUCCAGAACCUUGUCUCCAGCAUCACCAGGAGCCAAGCGGAAUCCAGCCGUACGCUGAUAGAGAGCAUCCUGACUGGUUACAGAGGCCAACAUUCGCACUCAUCAUCACCACAACCCGACACGCCAGGUUACCCACAGCGCCCGGGUAACUUCGCGAAGUGCACAGCGCGCUUCGACGGAAGGUCAAAGAACGCGGACGAGCUCGAAGCAUUCAUUGAUGCCAUCGAAGUGUACCGCGAAUGCACCAACGUCAGCGACGAGCAUGCUCUGAGGGGGCUACCGAUGCUGCUGGUCGGCGAGGCCGCCGUGUGGUGGCAAGGCGUGAAGUCGUCGGUGACGUCAUGGACCGAAGCCCUACAGCGACUUCGAGGAAUGUUCGGCGUGCCGCGACCUGCGUAUAAAAUAUUUCGCGAUAUAUUUUCCGCCGAACAAAGUGACGAACGAGCCGAUGUGUUUGUGAAUAAAGUGCGCGCCUUAUUGUCAAAGUUACCGUACGUAGUACCCGAAGCGAUGAAGCUAGACAUUGUUUAUGGACUUUUAGAUCGUAGAAUAAGAAAACGAGUGCCUCGUGACACUGUGGACGGACUGGAACAGCUGAUAAGUAAAGUCAGGUUGGUAGAAGAGUCGCUGGCAGAGGUGAGUUCUCACGUCGUUAAUAAUAAUAGCGCGAGCCCCGUUAACCCACCAACUGCGCGAUGCCGCUCGACCGCGCGGGCCCGAGUGUUAACCCGUCGCAUGCCGUAA